AUCGAAAUAAUCAUCAGCUUCAGAGUUUCAAAAGGGGAUUCAUUUAAUAAAGGUAGCCAUCCCCCUCUGAUCUCUGAAAUAAUCACUGAAGAAAUAAUAAUUUAAAUUAAAAAAAAAAUGGGGGACGAUGGAAAGAAGAAGAAGAUCCUCAUCGGAGGUCUCGCUUCCGUUCUUCUUGUUGCUAUGGUUAUUUGCGUCACUGUAGGUGUUGAGAGGAACAGCGGCGGCAACGCCGCUGCACCUUCCACCGGUGGCGGCAGUGGCGGAGGAAUCAGCACGGCCAACAAGGCGGUGCAUGCGAUAUGCUCACCCACCGACUACAAGGAGACCUGCGAGAGCAGCCUCUCCGGCGCCAACACCACCGACCCUAAGGAGCUCAUCAAGGUUGCCUUCAACGCCGCCGUCAACAACAUCGGCGAAGCCAUCAAAAACUCUGCCCUCUUGAAAGACGCCGCCGCCGAUAACAGCACCAAAGACGCCUUAGACAUAUGCAACGACGUGCUCGAAUCCGCCAUCGACGAUCUUAAAAGAGCCGGCGACAAAGUCGGCGCAUUCGACGCCACCAAGGUCGACGAAUACGUGGAGGAUCUGAAAGUGUGGCUGAGCGCCGUCAUCACUUACCAGGAAACAUGCAUCGACGCCUUCGAAAACACCACCGGCGACACCGCCGAGAAGAUGAAGAAUCUGUUGAAAACUGCCAGAGAAUUGUCCAGCAAUGGUUUGGCUAUGGUUUCCGAUGUUUCCUCCAUUAUCGGACAGUUGCAGCUCGGAAACCUAGGCGGCGGCGCCACCACAAGCAGAAGGCUGUUCUCCAACGAUGAUUGGAUCAACAGAAGGGUUCUUAAAGGAAGAGGGAAGGCUUACGCAAAGCCCAACGCCGUCGUAGCACAAGACGGCUCCGGUCAAUUCAAGACAAUCAAAGAAGCCAUUGAUUCAGUCCCAAAGAACAAUGAAAAGACAUUCGUCAUCUACAUCAAAGCCGGUGUUUAUAAGGAACACGUCGAAAUCCCAAAGAAGAUGAACAAGAUCGUCUUCAUCGGCGACGGUCCUCUCAAGACUAGAAUCACCGGCAGCAAGAGCUUCGCCGGCGGAGUCAAGACCUUCCAAACCGCCACCGUUGCCGUCAACGCCGAGGAGUUCACCGCAAAGAACAUCGGAUUCGAGAACACCGCCGGAGCUGAGGGGCACCAGGCGGUGGCGCUACGUGUCUCCGGCGACAAGGCAGUGUUCUACAACGUGGCAAUCGAUGGGUACCAAGACACACUGUACGCACACAACUACAGACAGUUCUACAGCGACUGCUCAAUCUCCGGCACGAUCGAUUUCAUCUUCGGUGAUUCACUCUCUCUCUUCCAGAACUGUAAAUUCAUCGUCAGAAAGCCGAUGGACAACCAGGCGUGCAUGGUCACCGCACAGGGGCGCGUGGACCCACGCAGCGUCGGAGCAAUCGUCAUCCAGAACGGACACAUCACCGCCGAAGCCGCUUUCCUAGCGACAAAACCGGCGAUAGAUGCUUACCUGGGCCGGCCAUGGAAGGAGCUCUCAAGAACAAUAAUCAUGCAAUCAGAUAUUGACGGAUUCAUUUCACCAGAUGGGUGGUCGCCAUGGAUGGGUAACUUUGCUCUGGAUACAUGUUAUUACGGAGAGUACCAGAACCGUGGAGCCGGGUCGGGUCUAGCGAACCGGGUCACAUGGAAGGGUAUUAAGAAAAUCACACCAGAGAUUGCACAGAGCUGGACCGGUGGUGUUGCCUUUAAGGGCGAUGAAUGGAUUAAAGCUGCUAGGGUUCCAUAUGUUCCCACCCUAAUGAAGAUUUAAUUUAUUUAUUGAAUAAUUUAUUUUUUUAUUUUUUGUUUUGGGAUCUUGUAAUAAUAGUUGAUUUAAAUUUCAUUUAAUUUGUUGUUAUGAGAAUUCUUCAGUGAACAUAUAAUAGAUUUUGCUUUAUAUA